UCACACACAGUCACUUUAUACACUAUAUAAUAGAUAGCAUCACAUUUUGAUCAUUUAGUAUUCAGAUUGAAAAUUGAUCAUGCUUGAAACAAUGUCAAGAACUUCCACACUUCUCUAUUGCUUAAUGGCCUUUUGUUCCAUCAUACUCAUAGAUGGGGCUCAACUAAUUCUAGUGAACAAUUGUGGGGAAAGUGUAUGGCCAGGAAUACUAGGAGGAUCAGGGCAACAAACACCAAAAAAUGGUGGAUUUCAUCUAGGUAGCGGCGACGAAAUAGUCUUAGAUGUACAAGAAAAAUGGUCAGGAAGAAUAUGGGGAAGACAAGGUUGUAAUUUCGACAACGACGGAAACGGUCAUUGUCUAACAGGAGAUUGUUUUGGAAAACUACAAUGUGCAGGAUUAGGAGGAGUUCCACCAGCAACAGUUGUUGAAAUGACAUUAGGAUCAUCAUCUUCACCAUUACAUUUCUAUGAUGUAAGUUUAGUUGAUGGUUUCAAUUUACCUGUUUCAAUGAAACCAAUUGGAGGUGGAAUAGGUUGUGGAAUAGCUUCUUGUGAAGUCGAUUUGAAUGUUUGUUGUCCAUCAGCACUUGAAGUUAAGAGGAAUGGAAAAGUUGUUGGUUGUAAAAGUGCUUGUUUGGCUAUGCAAUCUGCUAAGUAUUGUUGUACAGGAAGCUAUGCUGAUCCUAAAACUUGUAAACCUACACUUUUUGCUAAUCUUUUUAAGGCUAUUUGUCCUAAGGCUUAUAGUUAUGCUUAUGAUGAUACUAGUAGUCUUAAUAGAUGUAGGGCUCCAAGGUAUGUUAUCACUUUCUGUCCUCCGCCGCAGUAAUUGAUGUGCCGAAAAUGAAGUUGAAGAUGCUGUCAUAGAAUUGCAAAGAUAAUGUUUUCUGUCAUUAGUCAAGAACUAAGAUAAUUUAGUGUUCUGUUUUUAAUUUGCAUAGUUAUGUUUUUAAGUCUUUUUCAUUGUUAUUUUUGAAUAGUUUAUGUUCUUGAUCAUUAUAGUUUAAAA